UUUUAAUACGAGGUAAUAAAUUUUGUGGAAAAUGGAUCAAAGUGAAAGUAAUAUUACAGGAAACAAUACACUUUUAUCUACUAACAUAUUAAAAAAGCUACCAUCAUGGUUGGUAGAAAUGACUGAGAAUGUAAAAAGAUUAAAUGUAAUUGAUGAUUAUAAAACAUUACAAAUAGAAAAACAUUUAAUGCAUAAAGAACAUAGAUUUGAACAAACUUCUUUAGAAGAUGAUACAUCUGUUUUAAAGAAAGAUAUUGAUAAUUUAUAUAGGCAGUCUUGCAAACCAUUUUUUACAUUAAACAAGACAAAAGAUAUCGAUGGUGAUAUUUUAUUACAAUCAUGCACUAGUAAAUCUCUCCCUAGUACUCCAAAUCAUGCAAAGAUCAAUAUAAAGGAUACUUCAACUCGUGCUUUUUCUGCUAUUGUUGAUUCAAAUGAUCAAACUUCUAUUAAAAAAGAUUUUAGUGCACUUGAUGAAUAUAUGGAGAAAAAAAGACUAGAGAAAGUCUAUAAUAAUACAAAAUCUAUGAGAUUUAAAAACAAUGAGAAUUAUAAUUGUAAACUACGAACUCUUGAUGAUUUUGAGAAACGAAAUCAAGACUAUUUUCAGUCAGAUAUAUUAAAUAAAGGAUAUAAAAUGGACAAUGAACUGUUAACACAACAAAAAUAUGAAACUUAUUCUAAACAUAAAAUUAACGUAAGGAAACAAGAUCCUAAAAAUAAUUUGCCACGUGGAAUCAUAAAGAGAAGAUUAGAUUAUUUAUCUGGUUUAGCACCAAAAGAAGAAACUAUUACAGAUGGAAUAAGAACAGUAUCAAAUACAAUAUAUCAUACUGAUGCAAACAAUAGUGAACUAACAAGAAAGAAUCAUAAUAAAUUUGUUUCUUCAAUAGAAAUUGGCCAGAAUAAUAGUAAUAGUUCAAAAGAAAAAUUUGCAGAUAAAAGUUUGCAUAAUUAUAAAUCUAGUAUUCAACAAAAUGAAAAACAUCCAAUUCAAGAUUAUAGAUCAGAUAGUUGCAGAAAUUUUAUUGUACCAGAACUUCCUUGUGGUAAAAUAUUAAUCAUUGAUAUACUCAGUACUUGGGGAGAUAAACAUUAUGCAGGUCUUAACGGAAUUGAGAUAUUUUCAGAUACAGGUCAACUUGUAUCUGUAAAUAAGAUAUCAGAAAAUCCAUCAAAUAUAAAUCAAUUAUCAGAACAUAAUGAUCUUCGUAUUAUUAAUAAUCUUAUUAAUGGAGUAAAUAGAACAAGAGAUGAUGCUAAUUUAUGGCUUAUCCCAUUUACAGAAGGAAAUCAUCAUUACAUUCAUAUGAUUUUUCAGGAUAUUGUAACAAUUGCUAUGAUUAGAAUAUGGAAUUAUAAUAAAUCUAGAAUACACUCAUAUAGAGGUGUUAAAGAUAUCACUAUUACAUUGGACGAUACACUUAUUUUUUAUGGAGAAAUUGCUAGAGCAUCUGGUGACUUACAAGGCACUCUUAAUUCUUUUGGAGAUACAAUUUUAUUUACCACUGAUGAAAAUAUCUUAGAAAUGAUAUCAACAAAUGAUGAAAUGUUUACAAUUACUAAUAAAAAUAUGCUUAAUUAUGCACAAAAGGAAAAAGAGAGACCAGCAACAGUAACGACUAAUUCCAAUAUAACAUUUGGAAGGCGUAAAAGUGAUUGUUCAGUUGGAAAUCGUUCAAAUGUAUCUAGUGGUAGUGAACAUAAUACAUUAUCCCUUGCUUGUAAAGAAAUUCAAUUGAUUAUUCUUUCAAAUUGGGGUACUGCUGGAAUAGUAGGUCUUAAUGGGAUAGAAUUCAUUGGAGACCAAAAUUUAAUUUUGUCAACAACUCAUGCUAACUUAAAAUGUAACUUAGAUAAUAUAAAUCUUUUAAGAUUGAUUGAUGGAUACAAUAUAACAACUGAUAAAGAUCAUAUGUGGUUAAUAGAUUAUAUAAAUGAAAAUGAAGAAAUUAUUAUAACAAUUACAUUUGACAAGGAGGUAUAUAUUACUGGCAUGAGAUUCUGGAAUUAUAAUGCUUCUCUGGAGUUGUCAUAUUGUGGUGUAAAACAUUUAUUUAUAAAAUUGGAUGGAAAAUCUAUAUUUGAAGAAGAUUGCGAUAGCUUUUUAUUGAGAAGAGCUCCAGGAAAUUGUCAUUAUAAUUUUGUACAAGAAAUAAGUUUUAUUUGUCAUUUGGACAACGAAUUAACAUUAUCAAAAGAGUUUAAUACAACUUUAACUUUGUCCCAAGAGGAAACUAUUCCAUUUAAUAAAGAUUAUGAAGUACCCUUAAUGCCACAAGGUUUUGUAUAUCAAAUAAUGAUAUUUUCAAGUUGGGGUGAUUCUUAUUAUGUGGGUCUUAAUGGCAUUGAAUUUAUUGAUAUUAAUGGUCAUCAAAUCAAAUUAAACAGAGAUAAUAUAGGAGCGUAUCCAGAAAGUGUAAAUAUACUAGAAGGAAUUGAUAAUGAUGUAAGAACACCAGAUAAAUUGAUAGAUGGUGUGAAUGAUACCGAUGAUGGUCAACAUUCAUGGCUUUCACCAAUUUUGCCUGGAGAAACAAAUCGUAUUUAUGUCAUAUUUUCUUAUCCUACAACUGUAAGUGCCAUAAAAUUAUGGAAUUAUGGAAAAACUAAGUCAAGAAGAAUAAAAGAAUUUGCAAUAUUGGUGGAUGAUAUACUAGUUUAUAAUGGAAUGCUGAGUAAAAAUAAUACACAUGAAAUAAUACAAUUUUUUAAUAGUGAUAAUACAAACAAUAUUGAGUCAUCUUUAACUAGCUCGGAACAAGAAAGAUAUAUUGCGUGUUUACGAAGAGCUACUUCUGGUAUAAAUUCUUUGCCAGAUCCAAAUCUUAGACCUUAUACAUCUUUAAUACAAACAACUAAAAAAACUAAGUUUUAAGAAAUUAAUAUAAUAUAUAAUUUAUAAUUGAAUUUACUCAUGCCAAUUGAAAUUAUAUUUUGUUUUAUACUUUAUAAUAUAUAUAAUGAAGUGAUCUAACAUAAUACAAAUCAAGGGUUAAUAUCAUGAACCUACAGUAAUUUCAAAGUUCUUUAAAAUGUUCUUUUAUCUUUUAUAAUUUGGUUUAAUUCGAGGUUUAUCGAGAUGUCUUUUUAUACUUGAAUACAAAUUAAAAAAAAAACAUUUUUUAAUGUCUUUUUGUUAUAAAAAUAUAUACUAUGUUAUCAUUUUUUUUUAUAAAACUAUCAUAUUUAAUAAAGAAAAAUUAAAUCGUAUAUCUUUAAGAUUCUUUUUCAAAAAUACUUUUAAUAUUUGUUUUAUUUACGUUUUGUUACAUUUAUUGCGUUUAUUAAGUAAUUACUAUUGAUUUAGAUAACAUUUUUCUGAAAAGAUAAUAAAUGAUUAGUUAUUUGUAAUCAUGCGCAGAAAUUUGUCCAAGCAAUAUUGUUACGUUAUAUGCCAACUCAAACUUUCAAAAUGAGACCAUGAAUCGCGACUCUAACUCUUUUUCAACAUUGUUAUGAAUAGGCGACAUCUUGUUUUAUAUACUGAAUUAAGUUUGAGUUGGAAC